AUGGCCAACAACAUGUCCUCCAACAAGAUCCACUUGACUCCGGAAUUGAAUCUAAUAAUCAAGGACUUCAGCCUCAAAGACGCUGGGAUUUACAGGUGCCAUGGGGCACUGGGUCAGGACGUGGAGAAUAAAUUCAAUUAUAGAAUAGAGCCUAUUUCUAAAGAUGUGCUUCAUAUUGCGACAGCCAGAGGGAAUAUCUCCGAUUGGGAGAAGUACAGGGAGAUUAAUCUGAGGCCUGUGACACUUCGUCUAGCUGUCUCGAAAAUGAAACCAUUGGCGCUGAUUCGUGCUGCUGGUGUUUCCCUCGAAAUAGUCUCCGAAUGGAGCGUUUGGAGUUCUUGUCAGAAGUGCAAAGGAAAGAAAGGGAUCAAAACGAGUAGAGGACAGUGUAGAAUCAAGAGGUCUAUAGAAAAUCGAUUUUUACUGUAA